AUGAAGAACAAGCAGCACCAAAACCCUCCACCCUGUUUUCUCAAACACUUUGUGAAUGCUCAAAUGCAAAUUAACAAGAUCAUCGCUGUUUUCUUCAUCUUCGUCUCUGGCCUUGCCCUUGGCAUCACCCUAGGCUUUUACAUCAAAGACACCCCUCUUCAAAUCUACACCGCGUUAGCGAAAGCCACCAAUUUGGAUUCUACCAUAUACAAAUUAGUCCCUGUAGAUUCUCCCCCACCACCUUCACCUGUUAAUCAAUCCAAAAUCAGCAUCGAACCCCUCGCUUCACCGCCACCUCCUCCGCCGUGUCCUUCACCACCGCCAGUCGGGUUGAAUUUUUACGUAAGGGAACCAAGUGCCAUGCAUGAAAUGGAAGAUUCUGAGUUAUUGUGGAGAGCUUCGAUGGUCCCAAAAAGAGGUGGAGCUUAUACAUUCAAGAACACCAAGCCAAAAGUCGCCUUCAUGUUUUUAACCAGAGGAGAUUUGGCUUUGGCUCCUUUAUGGGAACGUUUCUUUAAGGGACAUGAAGGGCUGUUCUCAAUCUACGUCCAUGCCAAUCGAGAUUCCGGCGAGACAAUGCCGGAAGAUUCUGUCUUUCACGGCAGAAGAGUCCCAAGUAAGAAUGUGACGUGGGGUGAGCCAAACAUGGUGCAAGCAGAGCGCCGCCUAUUAGCCAAUGCACUACUGGACUUAACCAACCAACGUUUCAUUCUGCUCUCGGAGUCGUGCAUACCACUAUUCAACUUCCAAACGGUGUAUGAUUACGUUAUUAGCUCAAACGAGACAUUUGUGGAGGCCUACGACUUGCCUGGUGCAGUUGGCCGCGACCGGUACAGGAGACAAAUGAACCCAACAAUCAAGCUCGAUCAGUGGCGGAAGGGCUCGCAGUGGUUCGAGGUGGACCGCCAUCUCGCACUGGAAGUGGUUUCCGACAGAAGGUACUUCCCGUUGUUUGAGAAGUAUUGCAUGCCCUCCUGCUACUCCGACGAGCACUAUUUGCCUACUUACGUGAGCAUCAAGUUUUGGAAGAAAAACUCGAACCGGACUUUGCAUUGGGUCGAUUGGUCGAGAGGCGGGCCACAUCCGUCGAGGUACCAAAGGACGGAUGUGACUCAUGAGUUCUUGAACAAGAUGAGAUUUGGAACAACAUGCGAGUACAAUGGGAAGAACACCAACAUCUGUCAUAUGUUUGCCAGGAAGUUCAUGCCUAACACAUUGGAUAGGCUAUUGAGGUUUGCUCCCAAGCUCAUGCAAUUCAUUUGA